UUCUUUCUCUGAGGCAUUGAUUACACUUUCCUGAUGAACAGUCUGCCGGCACUCUCUUGCACCUCCUGGGUCAUUUUUGUCACUCCUGACCUUUGACGAGGCGUGUUUCAUCGAUGCAUCCCAGAGGUCACGCUGCUCUCCUGGCACACAAACGGCCAGAGGUACAGUUAGACACCAGAUGAGCAGCUGGAGAAAAUCAGGGUUAAUCAUUAGGUCACUCGUGCCUGGUUCGCCAACAUAAACAGAUUUCUGAGGGAACAGCCUGCAACAACGAGACGGGCACAAAGACACUUGACGUGUCUGACUUGUGUCUUCUGGCUUGAUUUUUACUCAUCCUGACAUCAAAGCGACUCUGAUGGAGCUGCUGCGCUAAUCCUGCAGAGCUAGAAUCUAACAGGAAACCUUUUGAUGAGUCCAUUAACUUCCUUUUUCUGUUUUUGCCUCUGAUGUCCUCAAAGCUGGAUGCUUAGUAAUUAAAUGAAAAAAGCAGGAAGUGACGGUAAACCAUUUGCUCUUCUUUAUGUCGUGUUGUCCGUGAUCAGGCCGUUAUGAGAUCAGAGGUUUGAUAAGUGUGGCAGGACGAACCAGCUUUAAUGUCGUGAAGCUUUUGUUGUGGUCUGUUGAAGCAAAAGCAGAAUUAUUGAUUACUUCCCUCAUAAACACAUCAGCUACCUCACGAGGCCACUUCAGAGGGCUACCUCCUGAUUUACUGUUGUCUAAAACUGUGAAAAUAACAACUGAUCUCAGAUCUGUGUGUUAGUUUGUACGUGUGUACAAACCUCAGAGCAGCUAAACUGAUCCGAGGCACCACAGGGUGCUUUAGUCGGCGUGCAUGUAUAAAACAUGUGUGUGUGUCUGUAGUAUGGACGUUCAGACAGUUACCGCGUUGCCACCACACAGGACAAAGAUGACCGAUCCCCCAAGAAGAAGAAGGGGGGGAAGGACAUGGAAGACCUGAAGAAGGAAGUGCCCAUUACGGAGCAUAAGAUGUCCGUUGAGGAAGUGUGCAGGAAACUGCAGACUGAUAUCGUCCAGGGCCUGACUAAUGCCAAGGCAGCAGAGUAUCUGCUCAGAGACGGCCCCAAUUCUCUCACCCCUCCACCCACCACCCCUGAGUGGGUAAAGUUCUGCCGCCAGCUGUUUGGUGGAUUCUCCAUCCUGCUCUGGACCGGCGCCAUUCUCUGCUUUCUGGCCUACGCCAUCCAGGCAGCGACGGAGGACGAUCCUGCAGGCGACAAUCUCUACCUAGGUAUUGUGCUCACAGCUGUCGUCGUCAUCACCGGCUGCUUUUCUUACUUCCAAGAGGCCAAGAGCUCCAAAAUCAUGGAGUCUUUUAAGAACAUGGUGCCACAGCAAGCACUGGUGAUCCGUGAGGGAGAGAAGGUGCAGAUCAACGCCGAGGAGGUGGUGGCUGGAGAUCUGAUCGAAGUCAAGGGAGGAGACAGGAUCCCUGCUGACAUCAGAGUGGUUUCUGCUCAUGGAUGCAAGGUGGACAACUCCUCCUUGACAGGAGAAUCAGAACCUCAGAGCAGGUCACCUGACUGUACCCAUGACAACCCGUUGGAGACCCGAAACAUUGCUUUCUUCUCCACCAACUGUGUUGAGGGCACAGCGCGCGGGAUUGUCAUUUACACCGGUGACCGCACAGUCAUGGGUCGCAUUGCUACUCUGGCUUCUGGUUUGGACACCGGCAAAACUCCCAUAGCCAAGGAGAUCGAGCACUUCAUCCACAUUAUCACAGGUGUGGCCGUCUUCCUGGGUGUGACGUUUUUCAUCCUGGCCAUCAUCCUGGGUUACUCCUGGCUGGAGGCUGUCAUCUUCCUUAUUGGCAUCAUUGUGGCUAAUGUGCCCGAGGGGCUGCUGGCCACAGUCACUGUGUGUCUGACCCUGACUGCCAAGCGAAUGGCCAAGAAGAACUGUCUGGUCAAGAACCUGGAAGCUGUGGAAACCUUGGGCUCCACCUCCACCAUCUGCUCUGAUAAGACGGGCACCCUGACCCAAAACAGGAUGACCGUGGCCCACAUGUGGUUUGACAACCAGAUCCAUGAGGCCGACACCACCGAGGAUCAGUCAGGCGCUUCGUUUGACAAGAGCUCCGUGACCUGGAUAGCUCUGUCCCGCAUCGCCGCCCUGUGUAACCGCGCACAGUUCAAGGCAGGGCAGGAGUCGGUGGCCAUCCUGAAGCGAGACGUAGCCGGAGACGCCUCCGAGUCAGCUCUGCUCAAAUGCAUCGAGCUGUCCUGUGGCUCCGUCAGGCAGAUGAGAGAUAGGAACAAGAAGGUGGCUGAGAUCCCCUUUAACUCCACCAACAAAUACCAGCUAUCGGUACACGAGACGGAGGACCCCAAUGACAACCGCUACCUGCUGGUGAUGAAGGGAGCUCCUGAGAGGAUCCUGGACCGGUGUUCAACCAUCCUACUGCAGGGCAAAGAGCAGCCAAUGGACGAGGAGCUGAAGGAAGCGUUUCAGAACGCAUACAUGGAGCUGGGAGGACUAGGAGAGAGAGUACUGGGCUUCUGUCACUUGCUCCUGCCAGAAGAUCAGUACCCCAAAGGUUUUGCCUUCGACACGGAUGAUGUGAACUUCCAGACGGACAACCUUUGCUUUGUCGGCCUCAUGUCCAUGAUCGACCCUCCUCGUGCCGCCGUGCCUGAUGCUGUUGGGAAAUGCCGAUCUGCUGGUAUCAAGGUCAUCAUGGUCACUGGUGAUCAUCCAAUCACAGCCAAAGCCAUAGCUAAGGGGGUGGGCAUCAUCUCAGAGGGCAACGAGACGGUGGAGGACAUCGCCGCCCGUCUCAACAUACCUGUCGCUCAGGUCAACCCAAGAGACGCCAAAGCCUGCGUGAUUCACGGCUCCGACCUGAAGGAUCUGUCUCAGGACCAGAUGGACGACAUCCUGAGGAAUCACACCGAGAUCGUGUUUGCCAGAACCUCCCCGCAGCAGAAGCUCAUCAUUGUCGAGGGCUGCCAGAGACAGGGUGCCAUCGUGGCCGUGACAGGUGAUGGCGUGAACGACUCUCCCGCUCUGAAAAAGGCCGACAUCGGUGUUGCCAUGGGAAUCUCCGGCUCCGACGUGUCCAAACAGGCUGCAGACAUGAUCUUAUUGGACGACAACUUUGCUUCUAUCGUCACCGGAGUCGAAGAAGGACGCCUCAUCUUUGAUAACCUAAAGAAGUCCAUCGCCUACACCUUGACCAGCAACAUCCCAGAGAUCACGCCCUUCCUGCUCUUCAUCAUUGCCAACAUCCCUCUGCCCCUGGGAACCAUCACCAUCCUCUGCAUCGACUUAGGGACUGACAUGGUUCCUGCCAUCUCUCUGGCCUAUGAAGCAGCGGAGAGCGACAUCAUGAAGCGCCAGCCCAGGAACCCGUUCAGGGACAAGCUGGUGAACGAGAGGCUCAUCAGCAUCGCUUACGGACAAAUCGGUAUGAUCCAGGCUCUGGGAGGCUUCUUCAGCUACUUUGUCAUCCUGGCAGAAAAUGGUUUCCUGCCCAGUCGUCUGCUGGGCAUCAGGCUCAACUGGGACGAUCGUAGCCUCAAUGACCUGGAAGACAGCUACGGUCAGCAAUGGACGUACGAACAAAGGAAGAUUGUGGAGUUCACGUGUCACACGGCCUUCUUUGUCAGCAUCGUCGUGGUGCAGUGGGCUGAUCUCAUCAUCUGCAAGACCAGACGUAACUCUGUGUUCCAGCAGGGCAUGAAGAAUAAGAUUUUGAUCUUUGGCCUGUUUGAAGAGACGGCUCUAGCGGCCUUCCUGUCCUACUGCCCAGGCAUGGACGUGGCCCUCCGGAUGUACCCUCUAAAGCCUUCAUGGUGGUUUUGUGCAUUCCCCUAUAGUUUUCUCAUUUUUGUUUAUGAUGAAGUACGAAAACUUAUCCUCCGCCGGAACCCUGGUGGUUGGGUGGAAAAGGAGACCUACUAUUGAUCACCCGAGCACCUUUGCUCAAGCCCCUCUCAUCUUCUGCUCAUUCGUUCCCCCGUCACUCCAUCCUUGGCGAGACACAUCUGCAGACGUCCUUUUCCCUUAAAGACAAAAACCGCUUCAAAACAAUUUUCAUCACGACUGCCCCAAAGAGAUAAAACGGCAAAAGCACCUUUACAACUUUCUACAUUGACCCGCGCCCGCUCUCCUAUGAUACUCUUUGCAUGUGUUCACUGCUGUGUACUUAAACCAAUAUAUCUACCAAACGGCAGCUGCAUAUCAUGUGUGUAGAUUUGAAUGAACUUCAGAGGCAAAGGGAGUUACUCUGCUCUGCGAAAAGGACCAUCCAGCUCCUUCUGCUGUCUUUCUGUAGACCUCCAUUGCCCCCCCCCCCCCCCCCCCCCCUCCUUGCCAACCCUUUGCUUGUCCUCCAGUCAAACACAGAUUAAAAGAUCCCGACGCCACUUCCACUGCCACCUCUCGUCUCCUGUUUGUGAUGACCCACAGAGCGGUCGUCUACCCGACCAUCUCUCCUCUCUUCUCCACGGCCACAUUGUUGUUGUUGGUUUUUUUUUUUUAUUAAUGUGUGAGGUGGGAGGGAUUUGGAUGAUUUUAUUUGUCUUUUUUUAUUUCUAAUACGGGAGAGAAGGUGUGUGAGAGCAGCUUUUCCUCAUUUAGGCUUAACAAAGCACAUCCCGUGGUGUCCUGUCUUCCAUCUCCCCCCUUUUGUCUCUCUCACCCCUCUUCUCCCGCCCCUCCUGCCCCAUUUGUCUCCGUUUGUGUGCACAGUGUGAACCAUUGUCCUUGUUAUUAACUAAUACAGUACAUCCCCUCUCCCACGUUGGUAAAGACAACUCAAUCUUUGUGUGCUCUAGGAAAUCUAUAUAAUUCUAUACUGAAUUUAAACGAAACAAUAAAAACCAUGUUGAAAACAACGAGAGACCUUCAUGUUGGUGAGUUCAAAAAGAAGAAGCGAGGACAUCCGUCUCUCCUUUAGCGUUUUAUUUGUUUUUGGUCGUUUCUCAGGAGGCUUCAGGUUCCCGUCACUGCAUGUGUGCAGGUAUGAUGUGAGUGGAUGAGUCCAUGUGCCUGGGGCCUAUUCACGGGACCGGAAUCGGGUUCGGUCCCGAUGCUGACCAGGUCGGCCCAGAUCUAUGUGCAUGUGUGUGUAGAAGACCAGUGGAGGGCCAGAGGAGACUGAAGAAAUAAAAUAAACAUGACUGGUAGAAAGUGUGUGUCAAAUAAAUGAAACCAACACCAAUAAAACAUCUAGAACAUUUAAUACAACCCAGA